AGCACGGAGCGCUGAGCUGCCCAUCUCCAUAAAAUAUAAAUUCAUCAACACCCUUCCUCACGCCUGCAGCAUGAACUGAUUCCAAACGCUAACCAUCAUGUCAGUCAAGAAACUGACAGCCGCCUUCAACAGAGUCCAUCAAGAUGACUCGAAGGACGUUCCUCUUGAAGACCUCAAGGAUACAGCUUUGCCACCUGCAGUGCCUGCACCCCCAUAUCAACAUGCUGCACCGUCGGGACCAUGGCCAUGGAUGGACGUUAAUGCCAUCAAUUUCAAGACCUCUCCAACGGUCAUUAUUGAUCAAUCCUGGGUGGGGUACCCUCAGAACCAGUUUGGGAACUGGACUUCAGAUCAAGUGCACCGCAGUCAGAUGCUCGAAAAGUGUUCGAAGAAUCAGUCUAGCGCCAUUUACUGGAUAGAUGUACUUCACGACGGGAGUUUCAUAUCCCCAGAUAUAGCCCCAGAUAUGGGAGAAAAUGGUCAUACUACGGUAGUUACCAGUCAACGCGAGGAUGACUUUUGGAAUAUAUUACAGGGGCAGCCAUUCUUUUUCACGUCUUCCAUUAAUUGGAUACCCUCAUAUUAUCAGGAAGCGCCUAUCCAUGGAGAAGGAGACCGUAAGUCCGAACCUUCCAUUUUGAGUUGCAUAGCUGAUACGUGUUCGCCCUGUUCACCUCAGACAGGUACCAGGAUCAACACCCAGGCUCAUUAUCCUAUGGGCGAUCAGAUGCUCGUGAUCGACCUCCUCACAAUCCACAUGGUCCGUGGUUUAAACACGAGCACCAUUAUUUCUUACCAUCCCGAUUCUGCAUGGCGCCAAACAUCCGCGAAGCACCUCCACUCGCUCAUGCAGCUGGUGGGGGGCAGUGUAUACUGGCAGAAAAUAUUCAGCAAGUCCAAAGACCCGACCUUCGUGUUCCUCGCGAUUUUGUGGUAUGGGCUAUAUGCAUGGGAUGAGUCCUUUGAGUUGCUAGACAACCAUGUCAGCGAUCUGGAAUCACAAGUGCUAAAAGAUUAUGCGCUCACUCGCGAGCUUCAUGUCCUCCAAGUGCACCUUCUGCACUAUCAAGUGCUCCUUCAUAGCUUUGAGGUAUCAGUAACAUUUAUCGAGAAGACCCAGAAUCCGGCCAUGGAGUCCAGUGUCUUUUCUGAUGAACAGCGCAUAGAGUCGAAUGAACUUAUGAAGAAGGAGUGCCAGAACCUCGUCGGCGAAAUAGACCGUCUUGAGAAGCGACGCAUGAUGCUGAGCAGCCGACUGAAGAAUGCGACGGAUCUUGCUUAUGCUAGUGUCAAUCUUGAGGACAGUAGACAGACACGGACGCUGACUGAGGAGACAGUCAGGGACUCCGCAGCCAUGAAACAGUCCGUCUUUGGGAUGAACGUCGCAGAGAUCAAUCCAGGAACUUUAGCGACAAUCCCUCAAUACGUCGAGACCACUAUUUCGCUCACGCUCCUCACUGUUUAUAUCAUCAUCACGCUUCAGACGCAUAGCUCAUUCCACAAGAAAAAUG